AUGAGUGAUCCGCAGCGAAUGGUCUACUUCAAUUCUCAAGAUAAGUCCUUCUCCUCCAUGUCCGAUUUGGAAUCACAGCAGCCUCGCAACCACACCUUGGUAGUGGAACAGAACAACUCGUCAGGCCCCGCACGGGCGCAGACUUCCCACUCAGACAUCACCAGAGUGGUGCACGAUGAUGAGUUCAUUCACUUUGGCAACGAAAAAUACAACAAGACUGACUUGGUCUCGGCCUUUGGUGGUACGCUUAACCCCGGUUUGAGCCCUCCUCCCAAGCACGACUUGGCCAACCCAGCUCCUUUGGGCUUGUGCGGUUUCGCCUUGACUACUUUUGUUUUGUCCCUCAUCAACUGUGAAGCCCACGGCGUGUCUAUCCCCAACGUGGUGGUCGGCUUGGCCUUCUUCUACGGUGGUGCUGCCCAAUUCCUCGCUGGUAUGUUUGAAAUUGCCGUGGGCAACACCUUUGGUGGUGUUGCUUUGUCUUCCUACGCUGGAUUCUGGUGCUCCUGGGCCGCCAUUCAGGUUGACUCUUUCGGCAUUGUUAGUGCGUUUGACGGCGACGAAACGUCGCUCGACUACGCCCUUGGUAUAUUCAUGGUUGGAUGGUUCAUCUUUACGUUCUUUUUAUGUGUGCUCACAUUGAAGUCGACAUUGGCAUUCUUCUUGUUGUUUUUCUUCUUGAGUAUCACAUUCUUGUUGCUAGCCAUUGCGGAGUUUAACGGCUCCACUGCAGUCAAGAAGGCUGGUGGUGUGUUUGGUAUUAUCACGGCAUUUGUUGCCUGGUACAAUGCCUACGCAGGUAUUGCUAAUGACCAGAACUCCUACAUCACCGUCAAGGCUCUUCAAUUACCUGACUUGCAGGCCAAGCAGGACUAG